UUUAAAGCUCACUCACUAUGUUCUUUUUCAUAAAGAAUUAAAUUUUAGGUGUUCUUUCCUUGACUCAAUCAACUAGCACCAGCUUUAAGCUCUUAAAUAAUACCCAAAACUAAACCUUUUUUAUGCAGAGUUUCUUUGUGGAAAAUUUUAUAUUGGAAUUUUAAAAUCAUUUUCUUUUUAAAUGAA